AUGAGCCGUUGUCGAUACUUCUCUUUGACAGUCGAAGAUGUGCAGAUUUCAAGAGGUGACGUCACGGUGGCCACGCCCCCUAGCAACCGUCGCUACACUGAGAUGAGCCAGAGCGGGACAACUACAACGCUGGCCGUUUACACGCGAUCUCAAAGCGACACAUCGACACUACAAUCUUCGUUUGACAUUGAGCUUAAUCCCGAGGCGUUUGAGCUCGAUUUCGUUUCCUCCUUCCUGGCCAAAGGUUGUGUGGAGACGGUGCCUAUGAGCUGUUAUUGUUGGGUUACCGAGGUGAAAAACACUAUCGAACGCUUCAAUAGUACGCGGAACGAAGGGGAAAAUGCUAAUACUCCUCGCGCUUUCCCAAACAAAAUCACUUCGCGACCCCAAAAUUCGCACUUUCAACGGGCAAUUGCGCCCCCGAGCUCCGGACUCCGCCCCUUUCGCGACCCCGACGCGGCCGGCUCAGUCGCGCUCCCGCAGCCGAGCACGAUGGACGCGCCGGAAGACCGCUUCUUCGGCUCUCAGACGCCGGACCGCUCCGAGACGAAUAGCCCUCGCUCGCAGAUGAGCAGCCCCAACUCCACCUCGUCCAUCAACGUGACCGACCACCAGCGCGAGUCGCUCAGCGCGUCGCAGCACCGGCACAACCUCGAGACGCUCAACCGCAUGGGCAUGUUCUUCCACGCGCAGCAGAUGCACCUCAACCAGAGCUUCGACGCCGUCAAGUCCCGCUUAGGGUUGACUCAAGUGCCUAGUGUCGCUCAGGGCCCGCGGCACACGAUCGACGCGAUCCUGGGCCUCAGCGGGGCCAGACAGAGAGUGAGUGAGUUCGAGAGACGAGACGAGAGGGACUGUGAGCCGGUGCCCGUGUCGCCGGGGGCCGUCGAGAGCGCGGGUGAAGGGUCCUGCAAUAGCAACGAUGGGUACCACCAAGCGACCGAGGACAAGUCAGACGAUGAGGAGGCACAACGGCCGGGCUCCGCGGCGGAUAAGAAGAAGCAUCGACGGAACAGGACCACCUUCACCACGUACCAGUUACACGAACUGGAACGGGCCUUCGAGAAGAGCCAUUAUCCCGAUGUCUAUUCGCGGGAAGAACUGGCCAUGAAGGUCAACUUGCCGGAAGUCAGAGUACAGCCAAUUUCAAAAGAGCCCUGCGCAGUUUUGAUUCUGGAGGCCGAUGCGAGAAUUAGGGGUCAGGGUAAAGCGGUGGCGCAAAGAAAGAGAGGAAUGGUACCUAUUGAAUAG